AUGCCAUUAUUCAAAGUAAAAGGGGAAGGAACAAAUAUUGCAUAUCAUGAACAGAUUUUUACUUAUAAAAAUGUCGAAAAAUAUGAUGAAGAUAUAAUAGAUAUUGAUAAGAAGUUUUUGAAAAUUCCUAACAGGAAUUUGGAAAUAUUAAAAAGAAUAAAUAUUUAUUCAAAGUAUGAUAAAAAUGAAGAAACUAAUAAUGGAUUUAUAAAUAAAAGGAAACGUACACGUAAUAAAAUAUGUUCUAAUAAUUUAAUAGAUGAUAUAAAAUAUAUGGAUAUAUUAAUAUGUGGUGAUAAAAAUAGUGGGAAGACGACAUUCUUAAAUUGUUUAGGUUGUAUAGAAAAUAAUUGUCUGGGAAAUAAUUGUGAAUAUUAUGGAAAGGAUAAAAAGAAUGAAACAGAAAAUAAAUGUCACAACAAUAAUUAUAAUAAUAAUAAGGAAAAGAUAGAUAUGAAGAAGUCAAAGAAUAAUAUAUCAUAUAAUAAUUUUAAUAAUAAUGAAAAAUAUUCAAAUAAUAUAUUUAAUAUAAAAAAAAAAAAUCAACAAGUUAUAUGGAAUGAUAACAAACUUGAAUUAUUAUCUUAUAUACCAAUCAUUUUUUCUAAACUUAUUAAUAGAAAUUAUGAACAAUUCAGGAAAUCAUUUAAAAAGAAUUUUUUAGACACUGAUGUAUGUGAAAUGUCUUUAUUUAUAACAAGGGAUGAUUUAUCUUUUAUUAAUUAUGAGUUUCAUAUAUCUAAUGAUUUUUGUACUAACCAUUAUUUUAAUUAUAUAAAAAUUAAUUUUUGUGAAUAUGGGGAAGAUUUUUUUCAUAAAAUAAAAACAUACUAUAAAAUCUACUAUUAUAAACAGAAUAAAUAUAUACUACAUGAACAUAUGAAAAAAAAAAAAAAAAAAAACCAAAAGUUACCCUUAUUCCAUUCACCUAGGAUAGUGAAUAUGAUCGAAAGUGCUUUAUUCAGAAUACGAGAAAUAAAAUACAUCAACUUUUUUAUAAAUUUAAAAAAGUCUUUUAUUCUUGUAAAGUGCACUACACGCCUUUACAACAUCAUGAUAAAGAAAAGAUAUUUUAAAACAAGUGUAUUAAAAAUAGGAUCUUGUAGAAAUAUCAAGAGAACUAUUAAUAAUAUAUUAUUUUAUAAAAGAAACAUACAUAUAUUAAAUAAUUAUGUUGAUAUAAAAAGUGAUCAUAAGCAAUUUUUUGAAAGUUAUAUAAAAUAUGAACAAAACAAAAAUAAUAAUAAUAAUAAUAAUAAUAAUAAGAAGAAGAAGAAAAGAAAAAAUAAAAAGAAAAACCUUUUUGUUACCAUUAAUGAAGAAUGGAUAUUAAAAACGUUUGAAAAUAUUAAUAUAAUAAAAAAUUUAAAUAAUUAUAAUAUGAAGGACAUUCUUUUUUUGGCUAGUCGUUCAUUCAAUUUUGAAAAAUUAAGUAAAAAAUAUUAUAUAUUUUUUAAUUUAACAUAUAAUAUGAAUAUUAUAAAUAACAUUAUAAAUAAGACAAAGAAAUAUAAUUUACAAAUAUUAUAUUAUUUAAUAAAUUUAUUCGUUUAUAAGAACUGGAAAAUUUAUAAACACAAGGAAAAGAAAAAUAAAACUAAUAUGUAUACAGAAAUGAUUUUUAAGUACUAUCCUAAUAAAAAGAAGAAUAUAUAUAAUACAACACAUAGGAAUAAUAUAUAUAAUACAGCACAUAGGAAUAAUAUAUAUAAUAUAUAUAAUACAACACAUAGGAAUAAUAUAUAUAAUACAACACAUAGGAAUAAUAUAUAUAAUAUUUAUAAUAUUCAUAAUAGAUCGCUUAAGAAGAAUAUAUACAUAUCCAGAAAACAAGAAGAUAUGGUAAAUUUUUUAAAAAAGGACAAAUUAGAAAUUCACAAUUUUUUUAAAAUCUUUUAUGAUGAAUAUAUAUAUAAGAAUCAAAAUAAAUCUUAUGUAAAAUUAUUAGAAGGCGAACAUUUUGACUUGUGCUUUUUAUUUAUGAAAUUAUAUUUUUAUUAUCAUUUUUAUAUAAAUAACGAAAAAGAAGAAAAUACAACCACCAUAUAUAGAAAAAAAGAGCCGAAACUAAAUUUUCAGAAUUUCAUAUAUUUAAAACAAAUAGAAAUUGUAAGAAAAAAUGAUGGUAUAACGUACAAUAAUAUUUGUGUACCUUCAUGUGUUUAUAGUUUUAUAAAUUUAUUAAAAAUGUAUUAUAAGAAUUAUCCAUUUUUUACUUUAAAAAAAAACAAUAUAUUCUUUUUGGUAAAUAUUAUUUUGUCAUCUAUAGCACAUUAUAAAUUAAAGAAGAAAAGUUGCGAUUUUCUUUUUUCAUCAAAUAAAUGGACAGUAAAUUAUAUAUGUUAUUUUGAUAAGGCCAUGAUAAUCAAUUCGAUUGUAAGCCUUUUGGAAAAAAAAAAUGAAUAUGGUGAACAUAAUGAACGUGAAGUCAAUAAAAAUAUUAAGAACCAACCAGAUCAUACGAAUAAAUAUAUAUUUAGACAUAAGGGUGGGGAGAAAAGAAAAAAAUCCCAUUCUAUUUGGUCUUGUGCACAUUAUAAAAAAUAUAAAAGACGUAGGAACAUUUUACAAGGAAUAGUUAAAAAUGUAGAUAUUAAUAAUAUACCACCUUAUAUUAUAAUAAAUAAUAUAAAAACAAAUUGGUUAUACAUUAAAAAGUAUAUGAUAAACUUAAAUAUAUGCUCAUAUCAUAAUGAAUAUAUGUAUAUAUAUCCAAAUAUAUCUUACGAUAUUAUAUUAUAUUUUAAUGAUAAUAAUAAACAUUUCUUCUCUUAUAAUAUGAAUAUGAAAAAUAAUUUUCCUAAAAUUUCAUUCAAACCUAUAUAUAAAAAUACAUAUAGACAUAUUAAAAAUAAAGAUGAUGAUAAAAAAAAAAAUAAAAAAAAAUAUAUAUUACAUUUCCCAUUUAAUCAUAAAGUACUAAAAUAUUUUAGUGAUACCUUUCAAAUGACAAAUGAUAAUAAAGAAAAUGAAUUAUUAUUACAAUAUUUAUAUGUGAACUUUUCUAAAGAGCUUGCAAAAUUAUUAAGAUAUAUUAAUAAGGAAAAAUAUAAAAACAAACAUAAACGUAUAAACCGGUUCGUAAGAAAUAACAUUUUUAUAUUACUCAAUUGUGUAAUGGAUAUAUAUUAUAUUAUGGAAUAUACUUAUCCAGGAAGAAAAAAAAAAAAAAAAAAAGUCAAAUUAAAUGAAAAAAAAAAUAUAUAUAUUACCAUAAAUAAUUCAAAUGAUACAUAUAUAAAUGAAGAGAAUAUACAAAAUAAAUCUUUUAUUGAAAAAGAAGAAAAAAAAAUUACUUUUCAUAUUUAUAAAAAUGACCCUUUGUUUAAUUCUAUUUAUUCUUUAUGGGAAGAUUUAAAAAUUAAUGAAACACAAAAACUAUUGAUAAAUACAUAUUUAGAACAUUUAAGAGAACACCUUAACUUUUCAAUAUAUGUGUAA